AUAUUUUAAAUAAUCCUUUCAUAGUUGUGGGUAAUCGUAUAUAUACAAGUUUUUAUUGGUAUUGUUAUGUAGUGUAUUUAAAAAAAUACUUGUCUAAAAUGGUUUUAUUUAUCUUAGUAUUCUUUUACAUACGAUAAAAAUACUUUUUUUCCAAGAAUUUCGAAAGAUGAUGACGUCAAAAUGACCUAGACAUCAUCGACGUUUGAUAAAGGAAAGUCUUUUAUAAGUCUUAUUUAAAGUAGAUUGUGAUAAAUGUAGAAUCUAUAUUUGAUUAAUUACUGUAGAUAUAAUCGAAAAGACAAUUUUUUUAAAUAGUAUAUUCAUAGAAUAGAAAAUGGAAUUUGAGUUGGCAACACUGUGGUAGUCUACUGUCUGACAAAGCACUUUUGCUUUGUUUGAUUCCAUGCGCCCGGCACAUUUGCGCACGUCGUUUCCUAUUAUUUUGAUACGUAGCUCAUAAGUAUAUCAAAACCAAAAAUCUGUAUUUUAUUUAUUCAUGAUUACGCUGACGAGAUGCCAGGGAUCAUGAAGGCCUUCAUUGUUUUUUCUGUUUUUUACGUCGCUGCUUUCGCCGUCGAGGACUUCUGUUUCCAAGACGCAGUUACGGCUUGUAAUCCCACAGCCGCCAAAUAUGUGGAAAAAUUAAAUUGUACCGCCAAAUAUGGAGCGAUCGACGGAUUAGAAACAGGAAUUCAAAAAUUCACGAACCACCACAUAAUCAGAUCGUUCGAAUAUCUCCUUCUAUCGACGAAUUUCGCGACGUACGAGAGGAAUAGGAAAGGUUUCGAAAAACUUUUCCGCGAUUUGUCGGAUAAUAAAUGGCACGAGGGAAUCGAGCUUAUCAAGUACAUCACGUCGCGAGGCGGAGAACACAAUUUCAACGUUAUAUCUAGUGAAGUGAAAGGAGAAGAAAUCGAACCCGUUAGUUUCGAUCUUCGCGAAUUAACGGCUAUAGCUAAAGCUUUGGAUACGGAGAAGAAGUUUGCUAACGAAGCUCACGCUCUUCACCGAGAAGCUACCAGGAACAACAGACAAUUCCACGAUCCGGAAAUUUCCGAUUAUAUCGAACACGAAUUCGCGCACAAAGAGAAGGAUUUGAUAAGGAAACUCGCCGGUUAUUCGAGCGAUUUAACCAAAUUGCUUAGUGGACCUGAUCAUUCUUUGGCUUUGUUCAUGUUCGAUGAAUAUUUACAAAAACAAUAAAUUAUUUAAGCGUAGUUUGUUUUUUCAUAUCAAUAGAUUUAGGUUAGUUAUUGUUCUCUAUUGUACUUUUCGGUUUUUCUAUAAAAACAUUUGAAUAAUGUAAAUUUUUGUCAAAUACGUGAAUAAAUAGAAUUCCUC